AUGUCGUUCACCACUCAAAUAGUCACAGACACGACGACCGCAGCGGUCAUCAUCUCGGCAACACUCAUCAGCGACAUCACCACUACCGUGACUUCUCAUUUAUCCACUACUCUCUUCGCAACCUUCGGUCAAACCGUCACAAUCCAUUCCCCUUCCUCACCUUCGACAACCACAAUCAUUGCGCCCGCGACGGGGUACACACCAGUCUCGAGAACAACCACGCAGACAUCAACAAUCACCCUGAUCGAGUUAGAUAUCUACCUCCAAGAUGACGGCGGAAGUAUCUAUUCGACGUGGAUCAUUCCCUUCUCGGGUUCUCCUGUGAGAGAUCCAACCCACACUCAGAACGCGAGUCAGAUAGUCUACGUGGUCAAUCCUGAUGAUAGUGGUUGGGAUCACUGGCGCACAGGUGAAAAAGUGGGCAUGAUUGUCGGCAUCGUGCUCGGUGCGAUUCUCAUUGUUGGGACCAUCUUUUGGUGCGUUCGAAAGAAGGGACAAGGGAAGUGGUGGUUUGCGCAUGCGUGGCCGCACUCAACAACAGUGGCGCCGGCGGUGGAUGCAGGAGGCCCGUCGUUUGUACAGCCAACCAUGGUCAAUGGGGCGAUUGUUCCAUAUCAGUAUGGCUAUGGUUACGGGUAUGGUGUUGGAUUGAGUGGGUGA